UCACUCCCCAAAUUAAACCCUUCUUUCACAAGCCACCAAUAAUUCAUCAACUUUUCACUUUCAUGAUGACGUACCAACAGCUCAAUUCCUUCAACACUAGUAUGGAUUUGGACUUAGAUUUCGGGUUCGAGUUCGAGGAUUACUUCCCCUCCAUGGUCCAAAGCAUGGGCACGGAUGGGUUCAUAGGUGAGCUUCAGAACGGGUUUCGGUUGCUGAUGGACGUGAACAAGGGUCUGAUCACGUUCGAGAGCUUGAAGAUGAACACUAUGUUGUUGGGUUUGGAGGUGAGGGACGACGAGCUUGUGUGCAUGUUAAUGGAAGGUGAUUUGGAUGGAGAUGGCGCUCUCAGCCAGAUGGAGUUUUGCAUUCUCAUGUUCAGGUUGAGCCCAGCUCUCAUGGACGCUGGAUAUGCAUAUUAAUCAGUGUCCCACCAUGUAAUUUCAUUUUAAUUGACAGUACCUCCAGUCCUUAAUAUAGCAUCUAGUUUGUAGUUCAAUUAGUUUAAUUUGAACUACAAACUAUGUCAUUUAUAAUAAGAAAUGGAGGUAGAAGUACUUUUUUGCAAUGAAUUUAACUUUAACCGUGAAUAAAUUAAUUAAAGCCUCAA